AUGCAUUAUCGAUUGACGUGUGCUAUAACGUUUCUAGCGCACGCAGUGGUUUUUAGUCAGUGCGCCCGAAUUAUCAUGCUUUCUCCGAUGGGAACAAGAAGUCACAUGUAUUCAUUCAUGCCAAUUAUGGAAGUUUUGGCCGAACGUGGUCAUCAGGUAACCGUGGUCACGGCUCACGAACCCAAGACGGACACGCCCAAUAUUCGCAAAAUUGUCAUUAGUGAAAUAGUAGAACACCUAGAAAGUGGAUGGCAAAGUUUCGAACGCGAAAGUAUUGCGUCCGAGUUUUUAAAUUUUGUGGACGAAGUAAGCACUCUUGGGACCAUAGGCUACCAAUAUCUUAUGGCCAACAAGGACAUUCAAGAAAUCAUUAAAAACAAAGAUGUCGAUUUGGUCAUUGUGGAUGCAAUUUUGAAUGAGUUUACCCUUCCACUGGUUGAUCACCUCGGCGUUCCUUUCAUCUUUCACAGUGCAUCGACGGGACCACCGUGGAGUUUGGCCGUAUUUGAUGUCCCAAAUGCGUAUGCGACUGUGCCGUCACUGGGAUCUGAAUUCAAGAGUGACAUGACAUUUAUGGAGAGGGUGAUCAAUAUGGCGAUGGAUGAAAUAUUCCUUAUCAUACGCAAAAGAAUCAUACUUCGGAUGUUGGACAACCUCGCCCGGCCAGACUUUCCAAAUGCUAGGCCCAUUGCAGAAAUUGAAAGAAGUGCUCAACUCUGUUUGGCUAGUCAUCACUCCACAACAGCAUGGCCUCGAUCGCUUCCGCCGACGUUUAUUCCUAUUGGAGCACUUCACGUUCGUCCUGCAAAGCCACUGCCAAAUGAUUUCCAGAGCUUCGCUGAUGGAGCGGAACACGGCUUCAUCGUGUUUACCUUGGGAUCAAACGCUCUGGUCUCUUCAAUGCCAGAAAACGUGAAAGAAAUGUUCAUCCGGGUAUUUGCGCGCAUUCCGCAGCGCGUCUUUUGGAAAUGGGAAGCGGGAACAUCCGACGCAAAUCGAAUUUCGUCCAACGUUAAAAUGGUUGAUUGGCUGCCGCAACAGGAUCUACUUGGUCACGAAAAAGCACGACUUUUCAUUUCACACGGAGGACUGUUGGGGACUCAAGAAACGAUCUACCACGGCGUACCGAUUCUCGGACUGCCAUUAGGAAGAGACCAACGAAGCAAUCUAGCGAAAGCCGAAGAAGAGAAUUAUGGAAUCAAACUAGAGUGGGACGAACUAACAGAGGCAAUGCUGUUUAAUACUAUUGAAACAAUCCUACGAGAACCCGGUUACUUGGGAAACGCCAGCCGUUUGUCUCGAUUGAUGCGCGAUGAACUGGUUGCACCCAAAGAGGUCGCCGCUUAUUGGGUCGAACAUGUCCUUAACCAUGGAGGAACUAAGCACCUUCAAUCUAAAGCGAAGGACAUGCCGUUCUACAAACUUUAUAUGUUGGAUGUCUGGGGUUUUUUAAUGGUCAUUCUUAUCUGCUUACUGCUCAUCAUUUUCAAAAUCUUUGCUUACAUAGUAAGCAUGUUUACAAACAAGAAAAUAAAAACCGAAUAGACGACUGCAAA